CGCGAUUAGUGCACCAGGCUUUUGGUUGUUGACAUCCGUACGCGACGAUGUGCCUCGUCUUGAGGCUCCACCAACCGGACACUUAGUGGCCGAGCUGGGUCCUUCCAAAGAUGAAGUAACGCGUAUCAUAUCUCAAGAUGCAUAUUCAUUUCCAGUCAGGAGUGUUGCUGGAGUGAACAGAUACGAUGGCACACAGCUGGAGUCCAAUAGCCUGUGCGAGGACCGGUUCGCCCAUGGUAUGUUCCCGUCCCCGUUGAAUGAUGGCACUCAAUGGAUGGCCUGGGCGGUUUUCGACGGACAUGCUGGCUGGCAAACGGCAGAGCUCUUGAAAGAUCAACUCUUGCCGUUUGUGCGACAUAGUCUGAGCCAAGUUAAGUCGGCAUCCUCCGGUCAAGAAUCCAUACCCGACGAGGUGCUUCACCACGCGAUCACGAAGGCGUUUGUAGACCUGGAUGAUUCGAUUAUAAAGACAGCCAUGCAAACUGUCCAGAGUAGUGAACCGCUCCAGGACAAGCUGAAGAAGCUGGCUCCUGCUUACGCUGGUUCAUGCGCUCUACUCUCUAUGUAUGACUCGGUCACAAGCUCAUUGCACGUGGCGUGUACUGGAGAUUCCAGAGCGGUUUUGGGACAACAAAGGCCAGAUGGCAAAUGGGAGGCAAUCCCUUUGUCAGUCGACCAGACUGGCAGCAACGAAAAUGAGGUUGCGCGGAUCAACCAGGAGCACCCGGGCGAAGAGAACAUAGCGAAAAAUGGACGGAUUCUAGGGAUGAUGGUCUCGCGAGCUUUUGGCGAUAGUCGGUGGAAGUGGCCUUUGGACCUACAGCAGGACCUGAAGGAAAGGUUUGGGGGCCCAUCACCCCUGACGCCCAGGUACGACGUUCGCACACCACCAUAUCUGACUGCGGAGCCUGUUGUGACAACUACGAAGAUUGAUCCGAGUAAACCUUCGUUUGUCAUACUGGCUACGGACGGCAUGUGGGAUACGCUCUCCAAUCAGCAUGCUGUAAAUCUAGUGGGUAAAUGGCUGAAUGCACAAAUCCAUGGGCAUCCAAAUAGCGAACCGAAAGCAGAGUAUAAACGUGUCGACUUCGGUGACCUUGGGAACGGUGUGAACUGGGAAUUUGAGGAGGCGAGAACGACAAUCCAAGAUGAUAACGUUGCCGUGCACCUGGUGCGCAAUUCCCUCGGGGGAAACCACCACGAGCUCAUAGCAGGCCGUCUCGCUCUGGGUUCUCCCUUCUCCCGCAGUAUACGAGAUGAUAUGACCGUGCAAGUGGUUUUCUUUAAUUGCCCACGUCUACCACCAAAGUAGGCCACAGUAAAGGAAUGCAUGAUGGCUUAUCUUCAUCGAUGUUUGUUUACUCCCGAGUAUAUUUCGGUGGCUCACUCACCUGAGGCGGCUACUACAACCAGUCAUGAUGUUAUCUCGGGAACGACCUCGAACGGGGUGAAUCCAAGUGUCGUGCCUGAUGUGACCUUGAA